ACCUCACUGCUAUAAACACCGCAGGUAGGGCACCUCACCGCCAGACUUGGACUUCGGACCUCAACACCCAACAUAAAGAGAAUUCAAGAGAAUUCAACUACGAUGGAGUCAUCGAGGAAAACAAGAAACGCCUCUGCGUCUAUAGAUAGCGCCCAUGAUGACGACGCUUCAAGCGGACGGAGCAUUGAAGAGGAGACCCAGGUUGACGGCCCAUCCCGCGCUCUGGAACAUCUGGACCUAGAAACACUGGGCGAGUAUCUGAAAGUGGAACAGGACUCCUCUGCCAGCGCCGAAGACCUCAUCAAGCGGUCAGCGGUGAAGCACUUCCCCUCGCCGCCCCCAGGGGGCGACGGUGUGUUAACCCCGGAGCUGCUGGAGGAACACCUGAACGUUGUGAGGCGGGCCGUGCACGACGAGCUGCAUCGUCUGAACCCUCUGCGCGAGAACUUCAAGAACCUGGCCGGUCUGGUGCCGUCGUACCACCGCCUCGCGAUGGAACACGUGCACGCCCUCCUACCGAGGAUCUCGGCGUCACAGCAGGCCUUUGUGCUAAUGGAGUGGCUCUGCAACACUUACUUAAGUCGGGGGUUCCUGGGAGACCCGGACUUCAGUGAGAACCAACAGAGGAGUCCCGUGGACAUGCACCUGUACUCUGAGACGGUCGUAUGCGUCCACAAAAUCCUCCGGACCACACUGGAGGAGGAUGUCGAGAUGUCCCUGGAUGUCAUCAUUAAGCGCCACAAAUCAGAGUUUUGGAGGUCCUGGGAACUACACACAGACGUCAUUGAGUGCAUUGAAGGACCAAUUGUCAGAGCGGAGUCCGUCAGUGAGAACGUGCAGGAGUUCACCCGGCAGGUCUGCUUCCUCAAACUCCAGGAGUUUCUAGAGAGGUUCACGACGGCCAAACAGGAACUUCUGAAAAGAUACGACAAAUCUCCCAAGAUGACCGUGGAGACCUCCCUCAAGACACUCAACACACUCCAAGGCCUUGUGAGCUACAUCCAACCCUCCACUGAUGGAGGAACCCGGGACCUCCCAGCGGAGGAGACCCUGCGCGCACUGAGGGCAUUGGAGACCGACGCCAGGACCUCCAUGGGAGAGGCUCUCGUUACGAUCAUCAAGGAACACCUGAAAAGCCAUUUCAAAAGCAGAGAGGAAGAUUUUCUGCUGAUGGAGAUGAAGGAGAUGUUCAGAGCUGAAGGCUGUUGUCCAGACGUCCAGAAGGAGGCUCUUGACCUGGCCUAUGAGCGGGUGUGCGCCUUGUACCUGUACCAGCUGGCAAGCACCAAGAAGAAGAAGGAGCUGGAGAAGCGAUGGGGUCGUGACGUGGGUCAGAAAGUGACUCAGGACGCACAACAUCUUCAUAAGACCUUCUCAGACCUGCACCCUGGUGUCAGACAACAGAACCAUGUGCUCCUGAAGGUGGAGGAGCUGAUCCAGAGCCAGGACGUGGACUCAGUGAAGAUCAUCCUCUCUGGGAUGAUGCAGCUCUGCCAGUUUGAGAAAGUUAAGAAACUGUGUUCUGAUCUGUUGGAGUGGAAAGGAGGUCUCUCCGUCCAUGAGGUCAAAGAGGUCCGGGCCGGUGUUCAGGUUCUGUCCACCAGAGACACCAGUGACUCUACUCGGACGUUGGGACCAGAAUAGAAAACGAUUUGAGCUGUGCUGGCUGAAGACAACAUGAUUGUAUGAAAUCGAUUAUGCACGUUAAACUUUAAGAUACAAGAUACAAGAGGUUUAUUGUCAUAUACACAAUGGAAACAUAGUUUGCACUGGGCAAUGAAAUUCUUAAUUUGCAAGAUCCCUUCACACAAAAUAUGCUUAAAACAAAGUAGAUAAAUAAACUAAACUACAAGAAAAAUCUGUACGAAGAGCAGAAUUUAGUUAAACUAAUACAGUUAAAUAUAAUUAAAUAUAAGGUACUGUAUAGCAUGUGCAAUGUUUGCAUACAGCAAAAGGCACUGAAAGAUAUUGAAAUGCAAGAAGUUUGAAUAUAUACAUUGGAUAUUGAAUAUUAUUAUUAGAUAUGUAAAUAGUGCAAAUCUAGUUCACAGUUGAUAAGAAAUAUAGUUCACAGUAUUGAAUAUAGUGCAAAUACAGACCAGGUGGUGGGUGCUCAAGUGAUUGUCCUUUGGGUGGGUCCGAGGGGUUUGUCCUUCGAUCUCUACGCUUCGAUGAGACAACCCCUGCUUGCUGUAGAUGUUGUUUAUUUGAAAAUCAAAGUAGGGUUCACCUUGAAGCUUAUUGUCUGUGGUACAGGAAAAAUAUGAAGAUGAUUAUUAGGUGUUCACAGAGUGAAGAUCGGUGUAUACCCAUGGCUGUUAUUUAUUGUUUUGUUUGAUGAUUGUAAAUAUCAAUAAAUAAAUUAUAUUUUUAUUCAUUUGAAAUAUCAGCUAAUAGCAAUGAAUCAAUAAAGAAUGUGAUGCAUGCAG